AUGGAUACGACAAUGAGCAUGGGAGACCGGAAGGCACACUUGGCCGCGCUUAGAGUCGCAAGGAUCGCAAAGCGCCGCGAACGGCGCGAGGAGAGACAAUUGCUUCACAAGAUCUCUUCAAUGUCCAUCGACCCAGCUCAGCGGAUUGACAAGAAGCCUGAUGUUCUGCGUCCAAAGAAGAAUAAGGCAAUGAAGGUCAAAGGCCCCAGCAAGAAGGCGCGGCGCAACGCACGAAAGCGAGAGGCCAAACGUCUCGAACAAGCGGCCGAAGUCACACCCACAAUGCCGAAAGCCAUGCGAAUCGACACCAACGUCAAUGAGUCUGCAGGCCAAGGCGCACUCUCACAUACUCCAAGUUCUAUUCAGCUUCGUCCAUUGAGACCUGAAACCCGGGCUGCCUUGCAAGAGUUCCAGGCCUUGAAAAGUGCUCGUAACAAAGCAGCAAGGGCGGCAAAAGCGCUGCGACGCGCUGAGCAGGAGGCCAACUCUGGUCACGGCAAUACAGAAGGUGCCACGACUGCUACUGUACCGAGUGAACCGCUCGCAAUGAACGCCUUCGACGAAGAAAAUCUGUACGAGGCAGCACAGGAGGAGAAGAUGUUCGAUGAGGCCACGCAGAGUCUGGGCGAGAUGAAACUAGGUCGAGUACGUCGCUCGAAGGCAGAAGCGAUGUCUCUGCCGGAGGUCAACGAGGACACACAGGCUGUGAGGACGCUGAGAUCGGGUCGACUACGACCUUCGUACGAAGAAGUGGCUUCUCAAGCAGAAGGCCAUAGGCACAACGGACAGGGACAUGGAGGCUGCAAGCCAAUGUAG